AUGAGCUUAGGAUCUCUUCGAAAGACACGGACCACAAAUGGGCCCCCUCCAACCGCGCCAAUAUCUGAAAGGUCACAUUCAGAAAGAAGUUCGCCAACUCCGGAAGCGAAAACAUGGAUUCCACUACCGCAGAUUGCAAAGGGGGUUGCAGUCGGCAAUUUUCAUCCCAAUCUUUCUCAAGUCUCACCUCUUGGCAAUCUCGAUAUAGGCGAUUUGGUAUAUGUCUUUGAGAUAGACCCGACUUAUAAAUGGUAUCGUGGGUAUGUGGUAUCGCUUCCAUUGAUUCAAUCAAAUAUGCUUGUAGCUCCUGGCACGCCUGAUCUUCACCCACAUAAAAACGCUCAUUCAGAUUUCAAACGAGCUGAAAAGGAGAACUUUUGUCCAGAACAAGUCAUUUUGGGGGGAUGUAGACCCAUUAUAUCUACUAGUAUAUUUCCAGCACAACUGAUCUCAAUAAAGGAGCACUAUGAUUCAGCGACCGUGGUGCAGCCUAAGCCUGAUGGUACAACUCUUGUUUGUAUCGAGGACGAGAAACCUACACCACCAGCAUUGCCUCAUUUAAGACUCGAAUACAAAUCACUCACCGUCCCAUCGGAGCCAAUUGUAGAUGAUAUUAUUUCAACUAUGGGUGAGCUUUAUGGUGCUUAUGUUACAAGUACCUUCCUGUACAAUUCGUCGACUAUGAGUGUUGUUUCACAUGCUAUGGAAAGGCUCGAUUAUAUAAGAAAGCAGAUGGUCCACAAUGUCCUAACAAAAUCUGAAAAAGGAACUGCUCGAAAAAGGGCCAUUUGGCAUAUGUGUAGAGUUUCAAGAGUUCUAAAGCGAGGAAUAGUAGCUUUUGAUUGGGAAACUGGCGAUGUUAUACCUUGUCUCGGAAGUGAAAUUAAACUGGCUCAGGAACAGCUUCUCCUUGCUUUGGCACCUAAUUACCCUAUUUAUCAUCCACAGGGUAAUAUUCGUCCCUAUCCUCAGCUUCCCAAAUACUUCAUAGUUAAUUUAAUAUCCAUGUCUGGUGUCGGUUCCCAACAUGUUUUGAAAAUACUACUUUAUAUUCGAACGAAAUGGAGUCGUAUUACUGACAUUUUCGAAGCAAAAAUUGACCCUAAGACUCCAAUGACCAAACUACCUAGUAUUUUAUUUUGUGAUUUACCGCUAUGGAUUGCGAAAAGUGAAGCAUAUCUUGUUGCUGAGGUUUAUUACGAGGAACCGCUAAGUGAGUUGAAUCUGAUAGGUAUACCUGAAAGGAAAGGACUAGUUGUAGGGGUAACUGAUAUCUCCAGACUGUUUAAAAUCCAAAGUAAUUCUGAAACGCCUUUUACAAUUAAGCUCUAUGCCAAUGAUUACAACGAAGUCAGCACCGAUAAGUAUAACACUGGAUGGGGAGAACUUGUCUCAAAAAUAAUUCUUGGAUUUCCUUCCGGAGUGUAA